AUGGGGUGCACGAUGAGCCAGGAGGAGCGGGCCGCCCUCGAACGGUCCCGGAUGAUUGAGAAGAAUUUGAAGGAAGAUGGCUUGCAAGCUGCUAAAGAUAUCAAACUCUUACUUCUAGGAGCUGGUGAAUCGGGCAAAUCGACAAUCGUGAAGCAGAUGAAGUAUGCUUUUUGUUUUGAGCUGCUUUUGUUUGUUGCUGUAUAA